CUCCUCCUCUACAGCGACAGACACUUCCCUCCUUCCUCUCCGUACAGCCAGCCAAUCAGAGCACCUGCUGCCCGACAGGCAAACGCCCGCUACGGGACACACCCACAUCACCAUGGCGACAGUGUCACCAGACAGCAUGUGAAGAAGCCUCUGAACGCCUUCAUGCUCUACAUGAAGGAGAUGAGGCACAAAGUGCUGCAGGAAGGACGCGAGAGAGAGAGCGCCGCCAUCAACCGCAUCCUGGGACACAGGUGGCACGCUCUGUCACACUCUGAACAGUCCAAAUACUACAAACUGGCCGAGCAGGAGAGACUGCUUCACAUGCAGCUCUACCCCGGGUGGUCCGCCAGGGAUAACUACGGUAAGAGGAAGAGGAAGCGGAGCCAGCAGCCCACAAUAAGCUGCCCAAGCUGGACUCUGAGUGUUGGAUGAGACCCCUAAAGAGGCGACAUGUGACGCACGCACAUGUCCAGUAAAAUCUUCUAAAGUUGCUGCUGAUGAAACAGUAAUUUUUUGGUUUAAAUCUGUAAAGUCUUACUUGGUUAUAGCUAAAAUGGUUCCUUAGAGACUUGUUUUAACAUGUGGCUCAAUGAUAUUGUGUGUCUUUAUUGAUUACAUCAGACAGCAAAGCAACUCGGCUGCAACCAACUCGU